ACAAUCAAUUCCCUAUUAUUCACCAAAGCAAGAACAGCACACGAAACGUGGCGCUUUUCUUUCACUGGACACUGGUCAAAACUCAAAACCCUCGUCAAAAAUUUUCAAAAACCGCUCAUUGCAUCACUGUUUCUGCUAGCACCAAACAUCUAUCAGAAAGUCCCCUGUUUUAUGUCCGAUGGCUGUUACCCUGAUAUCAACAACUAGCUUCCUCAACCUCAAGAAACCGGAGGCCCAUCUCCAUCUUCGCUUCCCCCAUUCCAAAUCUACUGUCAUUUCCACCAGAAGAUUCGCGCCAAUGGCUGCCCUGACAACAGCUCCUACUAUUGGUCUAUGUGACACGUUCUCCAAUCUGAGAAAACAGGGCAAAGUGGCAUUCAUUCCAUACAUCACAGCUGGUGACCCUGACCUUUCAACCACAGCAGAAGCCUUGAAGGUGCUGGAUUCCUGUGGAUCUGACAUAAUUGAAUUGGGUGUUCCUUACUCUGAUCCACUGGCAGAUGGUCCUGUUAUUCAGGCAGCAGCUACUCGUUCCUUGGCAGGAGGGACCAAUUUUGAUGCAAUCACGUCAAUGUUGAAGGAGGUGGUUCCACAAUUAUCCUGCCCAAUUGCUUUAUUUACAUAUUACAACCCAAUAUUAAAGCGUGGAAUUGAGAAGUUUAUGUCCACCGUAAAAGACAUUGGUGUACAGGGACUUGUUGUCCCAGAUGUACCUCUAGAGGAGACUGAAGUUUUGAGCAAGGAAGCUGUCAAGAACAAUAUUGAACUGGUACUUCUUACAACACCGACUACUCCUGUAGAAAGAAUGAGAGCCAUUGUUGAAGCAUCGGAGGGAUUUGUGUAUCUUGUCAGCUCAGUUGGAGUUACUGGUGCCCGUGAAUCUGUAAGCAACCGAGUUCAAACCCUUCUGCAGGAUAUUAAAGAGGCAACAACUAAGCCCGUAGCAGUUGGCUUUGGCAUAUCAAAACCUGAGCAUGUGAAACAGGUAGCAGGAUGGGGUGCUGAUGGUGUCAUUGUUGGUAGUGCUAUGGUGAAGUUGUUGGGUGGAGCAAAAUCUCCCGAGGAAGGGUUGAAGGAACUAGAAAAUUUAACCAAAUCUUUGAAGUCUGCACUUCCUUGAAUAGAAUUUUAUGUGAUUACUGGAAGUUUGUGAGUCUUCUUUUCAACAGUGGCAUAAAUAUUAAUUAUAAUAAUGUAUGCUUUUCCUUUUCCUUUUUUUUUUUCGGGUUUUAUAGCUCGAGGUUGCAAGCUCUCCUUGAGGCAGCCUAAGGCACUGAAUAAUGUAAAAUACAUGCGCUUUUCUGUGAACUCAAGUUGAGCUACACCAUCUACCAAAUAUCCACAAUUCUCUUUCCAGAAUUUCAUGAA